AUGGUUGCUCCCAAACCCGGCCAGCCCGCGGAGCCUAAGGGAGUCGCAGGUCGACCAGGGACUCAAAUCACAGUGGAAGACUUGUUCUUCAGCAUCCCAACUCGAAGAAGAGCCUUCCGAUCCUAUUCUGAUGAAUUCAAUAAAAUCAUCGACAUGGUUGGCCGCUAUUCCAUCCACUGUCAAGGCGUCGGUUUUACUUGCAAAAAGGCUGGUGAAGCUUCCAACUCUUUGUCAAUCCAAAGCCAAGCUACUACGCUGGAUAGAGUGCGUCAGAUCUAUGGAGGCAGCGUCGCCAAUGAGUUGGUAGAUUUUUCAGCGUCCGAUGCACGCUGGGGCUUCAAAGCUCACGUCCUGGCGACCAACGCAAAUUAUCAUAUCAAAAAGACGACUUUUCUCCUCUUCAUCAACAACCGCAGCGUCGAGUCUGCAAAUGUCAAAAAGGCAAUCGAACAGACCUAUUUGAAUUUUCUGCCAAAAGGCGGCCACCCUUUUAUCUAUCUGAGUUUGGAAAUCGACCCUGCACGAGUCGAUGUCAAUGUUCACCCAACAAAACGGGAGGUUCAUUUCCUGAAUGAAGAUGAAAUCCUUCAUGCAGUUUGCACCGAGCUGGAGUCACGUUUAGCAAAUGUCGAUACUAGCCGAACUUUUAAAACGCAAACCUUGCUUCCCGGAGCAAAACCCGUAGCUGAAUCCAUAGACGAGAAUCAGCCAUCUCCGAGAAUCAUGGUGACGGGUAAGAGAAGGCGUAAUUCAAAUGAUUUGGUCCGAACUGAUACGUAUGCACGCAAAAUUACCACCAUGUUCUCCCACGCUGAUAGUGGUGAGGCAUCCAAGGAAAAGUCUACAGAGGAAGAGCCACUGGCGGUACCUGAAAAUAUCGAAUACGAAACAAAUGACCGAGAGAUGACUAUAUGCCGGUUAAAAAGUAUAAAAGAACUGCGCAGCGAAGUACGAGACAACAUACAUCACGAUUUAACUGAAAUCUUCGCAUCACAUACAUUUGUUGGUAUUGUAGACGAUAGUCGAAGACUGGCGGCUAUUCAGAGCGGUGUCAGGCUAUACCUGGUAGACUACGGCCACACAUGUUUUGAAUAUUUUUACCAAGUGGGACUUACAGAUUUUGGGAAUUUUGGCGUUAUUCGAUUUAGUCCCGCCUUGAAACUUAGAGACCUCCUUCAAAUGGCAGCCGAGACCGAAAAGAAAGUACUAGGGGCAGCUGACCAUGAUUUCCCCGUGGAGAAGAUUGUUGAUAAAGUUGCCAAUCAACUCAUUGAGCGUAGGGAAAUGCUACACGAGUACUUUUCUCUUGAAGUAUCGCCGACAGGCGAGUUGGUUUCCAUUCCAUUGAUGGUGAAGGGUUACACGCCCCCAUUGUCAAAGCUCCCUCGGUUCCUGCUACGACUCGGCCCCAACGUCAACUGGAACGAUGAAAAGGAGUGUUUCGACUCUUUCACGCGAGAGCUGGCCACAUUUUACGUGCCCGAGCAGUUACCCACCCCGCCAGCUCCAGGUGAGGGUGAAGAUGAGGAGGAAAUUCCCGAGGAGAUGAAGACGAGAAGGCAGCAUGUCAGAUGGGCAGUAGAGCAUAUAUUCUUUCCGGCGUUCAAAACAAAGCUGGUGGCGACAAAGGCGCUCAUGGACGGGGGCAUUCUGGAAGUUGCGAGUUUGAAAGGGUUAUACAAGGUGUUUGAGCGGUGCUGA